UUUUUGAAAGAAAUUAUACUACUUUCUAAAAUAUACUUUUGAAGUUUUGAUAUUGAAAAGGAGUGGCCACCGCAGAGUUGCGAGCAGUCGCCGGCCGAGUUUGGCACAGACCCACCGCUACCUGAGGCAAGAGAAGCAAUCAAAGAAGACAACUCUACCGCGAGUUUGGCUGGUGGAUUUCAUCUACUCCUUCAAACUUGAUUUUCUACCUUCGAUUUCAGCUUCUAAACUUUCUUCAGCGGAUUUAAUGUAUUUCAAAUGGCCCUUUCUCUGAGAAAGCUUCGACAGCCGCUUACAGCUGUACGCCUCUCAUUUUCGUGGGCUGAGAGUGAUGAUAAACUUGUCCGCGUCUUAGCCCUCAGUAGACAGACUUCCAGUAUUGGAGGACAUGUCUCUUACAUGCUGUUUGCCUGGCCUCUUUAUCACCUGAUUUAUACCGGUAAUCGCAGUUGUAUAUAUUACAAUCGUUAUAAAGUUCCAUUUGAUUAUGAAAGUGCCUCAGAAUUGUAUAAUUCUAUCCAUUUUAGUCCAAUAGUGAAAUUUAUGGAUCUGAAGUACAGAGGGCUUUGUAGUAGCGCAGAUUCUGAAUCCGAAUUAAAUAAUUCUGAUGAGGAUGGAAGUGAAAAUGAAAAGGGACAAAUCGAAUCAAGAGAAGACCCAAGUGAGGUUGAUAGGGUGUGUAAGGUGAUUGAUGAAUUGUUCUCACUAGAUCGAAACAUGGAGGCGGUUUUGGAUCAAUGUGGGAUUAGUUUGACCCAUGAUUUGGUGACAGGUGUGUUGGAGAGGUUCAAACAUGCCAGAAGACCUGCUUUUCGGUUCUUCUGUUGGGCUUCCCAGAGGCCAGGGUAUGCUCAUGAUUCGAAAACGUAUAAUUCAAUGAUGGCAAUACUUGGAAAGAAUAGGCAGUUUGAGACUAUGAUUUCGGUUCUUGAAGAAAUGGGCGAGAAGGGAUUACUCACUAUGGAAACCUUUGUGAUCGCAAUGAGGACAUUUGCCGCUGCAAAAGAGAGGAAGAAAGCUGUCGGGGUUUUCGAAUUGAUGAAAAAGUACAAGUUCGAAGCAGGAGUUGAGACCAUCAAUUGCUUGCUUGAUGCUUUGGGAAGGGCAAAGCUUGCAAAGGAAGCUCAUGUUUUGUUUGAGAAGUUGGAGCAUAGGUUCACACCGAACUUGCAAACAUACACAGUAUUGCUCAACGGUUGGUGUACGGUCAAGAACUUGAUGGAGGCUGGGAAGGUAUGGAAUGAGAUGGUCGACAAGGGUUUCAAGCCCGAUAUCGUUACACAUAGUAUAAUGCUAGAAGGGUUAUUAAGGGGUAACAAAAGGUCCGAUGCAAUUAAACUCUUUGAGGUCAUGAAGUCAAAGGGCCCGCCCCCUAAUGCAAAAACCUACACAAUUUUGAUAAGAUACCUUUGCAAACAUAGGAAUAUGGAUGAGGCGAUCAAUUACUUCGAUGAAAUGCUAAGUAUGGGAUGUGGACCCGAUGUUGCGAUCUACACGUGUUUGAUCACGGGGUUUGGCAAUAUAAAGAAGAUGGACAAAGUCUAUGGGUUGUUGAUGGAGAUGCGUGAGAACGGGUGUCCGCCUGAUGCCCAAUUAUACAAUGCAUUGAUCAAAUUGAUGACAAACCGGCGAAUGCCGGACGACGCAGUGAGGGUAUAUAAGAAGAUGAUCCAAAACGGGCUUCAACCUACAAUUCACACAUAUAACAUGCUGAUGAAAUGUUUCUUUAUGACAAGGAAUCAUGACCUUGUGUUUGCAGUCUGGGAGGAGAUGAGGUUGAAGGGGUGUUGUCCCGAUGUGAACACUUAUACUGUUUUCAUUGGUGGGCUUAUAAGGGAGGGUCGGUCAACUGAGGCCUGUGAAUACUUGGAGGAAAUGAUAGGGAAAGGAAUGAGAGCUCCACAACUUGACUACAAUAAAUUUGUGGCUGAUUUUAGCAGAGCUGGUAAUCCGGAUAUAUUGGAGGAGUUAUCUCAAAGGAUGAAAAUCCAUGGGAAGUUUGAGAUAUCAAAUCUAUUUUCAAGAUGGGCUGAGAUGCUGAAGACUAGAGUAAGGAGAAGAACAAACCACCCUAUUCACUAACAAAUGCCUUGCUAAGUUGUUGUAGAAAGAUUCAUUCUGAGCUACAACUCACUGUUUGAUUUUUUACUUCACUUGUAUAAUGUGGGCAGAACGGGCACGUCGUAAGAGGCUGGCCAUUUGAUUUUUUGGGUGGGGGUGGGAAGGUUUUGGAGGGUUCCCAUUUUGUUCUGAUAAUACAAACCGCCACAUUCUCCCAUGAAUUUCAUCUUUGAGAGAAUGAUAAGAUUAAUGCUUGGUUACCAGCUUGUUCUUUGGAGCUGCAUCACCAACUUAUAGAAUUGUUUCAAUACUUUUUGGUGAGAAUGACAAUGAAUUGCAUUUCUAUUAUUAUUACUAUUAUUAUUAUGAUCAUCAUCAUCAUCAUCGCCUAACUUUAACAAGUAUUGUGAAUCAUGCGCAGUAGUGUGGCAUAGCUGAGCGGCCGCUACCAGGUCUCCGCAGCGAGCGGUUGGUAAGUUGGUUAUUGCAGCCAUAGCAGAUUAGAUAUUGCCUCAACCCUAACUUCUUUUCUGCACUAUGAUUAGGUUUUUGGGGGUUAAUUGUUGCUCAUAUGGUACUUUGGGGCUAAAGUUGAGCCCUUUUAUAUUACGUCAGAAGUCUUCUGCGUUGAAAAAACUCUAAUCAGACGUCAAUCUUUUUUGGCAACUCAUGAGUUCCUUCUCGGGCUUUCUGUGACCUCCGGUUACCUUUCCUUAACCUUUCCUUAACAUGGAGACUAAAAGGAAAUAUACUAGUUUCUUCUUCUGGCCUGUUUAAGCCCAGUGGUGAGAAUCUUGAUCCUGUCUGCAAUGUGAUAUAGUUUGAAAAUCAUGACAAGAAGACCGUUGUAUGUGGCUUAAGUAAAUAUGAUGAAUGUCAUCCAGGAAAUUGUGUUUGAUUAUAUCAUCCUUUUAUAUUCACUUUUAACAUAUUUAUAUAUUUUGUUUGGGAAAAGGGGCAAAUAAGCCCUUGAACUAACCGAAAAAGUGCAAAUCACCCCUUUUAUAGGAGGCUCUGUCCGGCCAUCGCCAGUUGAGGUGGUUUCCGGUGGAUUUUUUUGAUGAUUUUUUUUGAACAUCUUCUUCAUUAAGUCUAGUUUACCCAUACCAAAUUUCAGCUAAAAAUGCAAUCAGGAAGGCAGUCAAAUAAAUGUUUGAAGAUAACUGCGCAUUUAAACAGCGCAGUACAUUUCAGAAAAUAAUUUGACUGCCUUCCCGGUUGAAUUUUUAGCUUAAAUUUGGUAUGGGUAAACUAGACUUAAUGAAGAAGAUGCUAAAAAACCACCGGGAACCGCCCCAAAUGGCGACGGCCGGACAGAGUCUCCUAUAAAAGGGGUGAUUUGCACUUUUUCGGUUAGUUCGAGGGCUUAUUUGCACCUUUUCCCUAUUUUAUUUUAACAUUAAUGCUUUUUUUAUUAGUGAUUUCGGUAAAACCCGUUUUGUGGCUUAUCAAGUAUUGACCUGAUCACUAUCAACUAUAUUUCCAUAACACUAAGUGGCUGUUUGCUAAUAAUAAAGCUUUCUGUUUUUAUGGAAAACUGAAAACUUGUUUACUAAUUCUGUUUUUCAGAUCUAUAAAUCUUAACACAUUUUCUCCACCACUCUUCAACAACAACAACAUCAAAGCCCUAGUCCCAAAAGAGUUUGGGGUUGGCUUCUUCACCACUGGUUGUGUCUUCUAAAUUAGAGAAACAGUUUUCUAAAGUAACAUAUUACCUAGUGACCCUAGAGUCAUUAUGAUGACAACAUAUACCGCGUUUCAACUGAUGAUAGUACGUACAACAAUAAGUGACCUUAUGUCCUUGUUGCCAUUGUUAAUGGCACUACGAUAAAAAGUGUUAUUUGCGUCUAAAUUUUUUACGUCGACAUUUGUGAACGCACAUAGGCAUUCUUUUGCGUCCAGAUGUGAAAGCAAAAGAAUCUUACAAAAAAAGUAUGAGUAGAUGCUAUUUCUGUGGACGCUAAUGAAAAGGUUUUAAUGUUUUAUUAGUAAUUUAGUAUCCAUUUAUAAUUUUCUGAGUAAUAAAACAUAAAAGAAAAUCCUAGAUAGCUGUUUCCCCAAGGAGGAAUCGUGCUCUCUGUGAGAUACAAGGGAGGGGACAGUAGAAAUCAAAUCGACAACGAAGGUGAAGGAUUCCGAGGCAAUGGAUGGCUUCUCAGUUAGUGCUGCAAUUGGUACUAGGCGAGUUUGGCUUCCCGGUUUAUCUAGACUUUCUAAGCCAGUACCACUCUGUUCUCAAUCCGUUCUCCUCUUCACUUCCAGCGCACCUUCUUCCGGUAUCCCCCUUCUUCCUAUACCAUCUUUCUUCAGUUUUUUGAUGACAUGAUUUCUAUUGCCUUUCGGUUCCCGUUAAUCAUAUUUUUGGAUCGGUGUUUAUGCGGCCGAAUUGUCAUUUGUCAAUUGUAUGUCACAAGGGGUUUCUGGUAAUGUAUUUUUGGAUUUUGAUUCUUUUCCUAUUUUGAUAUGCCUUAUUUGAGAAUUCUAGAUUUUUUGUUCCUUUUCAAGGGAGGGGAAGAUUUAUUUAUUCAGAGUCAACAGUUGUGUUAAACUGAUAGAAAAACUGUCUGCGUUUCUUUGUUAUGAAGCAGCAGUCAGUCCAUGCAAUUUUGGACGCAAUUUUCAUUAUGGGUCAUCCGGAAUCAGUCUCUCCCCCCUUUAGUGCAGAGGUAAGACUGCGUACAUCCGACCCCCUUACCCCACCGUAGGUGGGAGCCUUUGCGGCAUUGUGGUAAAUGAAAAUGAAAAUGAGUAUCGACUUUCUCCUAGCAUCUGGAUCCCAAACUGUACUUCUAUAUGUACCGACAGAAUAUGAUAUAAUAUGUGAAAUGAAGGGAUGCUAUUAUAUGUCACAUAAAAGGUAAUUACACAAUUCUUGAGAUGCUAUUGUAUGUCGUAGAAAAGGUAAUUACACAAUUCUUGAGAUUCAUAUUUAUUCCUGAUACUAAUUUUACCUAAAAUGAAAUUCUCUCUUAAUUGGUUGUCUUGUUCUUGUAUUGCAGGGAAUUCCAACGGAAUCACAACCAUCUAAACUUGCUGGUAGCAAAGGCUCUCCAAAUAGAUACUUUUAUUUUGAUUAAUUGGCUGAGGGUUGACUUGUUUGAUAACUUUUGAUAGUUUACUUGUUCGUCACUUUCUCAUUAUAUUAGUACGGGCUAUGGUUGAAGCUUUUCCCUUUUAUCAAACUCAGCUCACUACAGUUAAUUUCGUGGAUACUUCAAACUUGAUUCGCCAGAGCCUGGGGGUAGAAGUACUAUCGUGCGAGAUUCAUUUCUUUUUCUUGAUGCAUUAUUGACUUUUCUCAAAUUUGUCUCAAGUUUAGAUUGAGGAGCUAAACAAGGAGAUAUUUGAAAGAUUGUCACUCAAAUUCCUAAUUAGAUCAAAUAAAUCUAAAAAUAUUUUUUUGGACCCAAUUUUUUUGUACACAUUGUUCUCCAGAUGUUCUUUUAU